GUCAAGGGAAACGCCUUUGCUGAUGGUGCCCGCUGGCACUAGAAACGAGGGUGUAAGAACACAGCGAACUUCUCCCCGGGGGUAAUGCAAACUCCUCUAAAGUCGUUCAACUGCAAACGGUUAACAAGUUUCGGGAAGGACCGGAACAGCCGAGGGCCAUGUGGCUCCGGACCCGCCGUGCCAGCGGCGGCGGAGGCUCCCAGCGCCGGGCAGGGGCAGCCGCAGGACGGUGCUGCAAACCCCCGACGGCUUCUGUUCGUUUCUUCCCCCAUAGCUCCGGUGAAUUUGCUCCCCGGUUGAAAGGUUCCGCCUAAGAGGGGCCGUGUCCCCGUCCGCUUCCCCCCCCCCCCCCCGCCCUGCGGCGCUGCCGGGCGCGGCUCCUUGGCUCAGCGCCGCGGGUCCCGCCUGCCCGGUGCGCGGCGCUGGGCUUUCCCGGCCGCCCUCCGCACCGCACCGCACCGCAGCCCCAUGUCCGCGCUCCCCCCCGGCGCCGACAUCAAGAGGGCUCUGGAGAACAGCCCCGAGACCAACAUCGAGGAUGAGCUGCCCGAGGAGCCGCCGCAGCAGCGGCCCAAGAGCUACCUGGUCCUCAGCAUCCUCUCCUGCUUCUGUCCCGCCUAUCCCAUCAACAUCGUCGGCUUCGUCUUCGCCGUCAUGGCUUUAAACAGUUAUAAUCAAGGAGAUAUCGAAGGCUCAAAAAGACUGGGUCGCAAUGCCCUCUGGGUUGCUGUUGUGUCUAUCAUCAUCGGCCUUGUCGUCGGAGUCUACUGCGCAGUUCAUUUCACGACGGUAACAGAGUCCUCAGGUGCUAAUUUUCAGUCUCAUAGUCUGUCCAACUAUCUUUUUACCUUUGCAAGAAGAAGGUGGCAGCCAAUUACUAUUUUACUGUUUGAUGAAGGUGACCCUAACUAUAUCAAAAAUGACCAUAAAUGUCAUUUUGACUUGGCUUGCUAUGGGGUAGGGUUGUUCACUCUCGGUGCUGUAUGAUUGUGAUUUGCCUUU